AUGGGCCAAAAGACUAUUGUUGUGGGCGCUGGCCCUGUUGGGGCUCUUGCUGCUCUUUACGCAGCUCAGAGAGGUCAUGAAGUAGAAGUUUACGAGCUGCGAAGUGACCUUCGUGAUCCAAGCACCACUCCACUCAACUUUACAAAGUCCAUCAACCUUGCACUAUCAGAACGAGGUAUCAAUGCCAUCAAAUGUUCGGGGCGUGCCGACUUAUUAGAAAGCAUUAUCGGCGAGACAAUCCCUAUGCGGGGUCGCAUGAUCCACGGUCGGGACAAAUCGGGAGAGUUGUAUGAGCAAGGUCAGGAUUAUGACAUUCAUGGACGAACACUUUAUGCUGCAGACCGAGGAGGCCUGAACAAAAUAUUACUGGACGAGCUAGAAUCGCUACCCAAUGUCAAAUUCUUCUUCAACCACAAGCUUACCGGAGCGGACUUCCGCAAACAUACAGCAUGGUUUGAAGUCACCAAUAAGACCACGGCAUCACAAGGACGCCAUAAAGAGAUUGAAGUCAACUUUGACUUCCUCAUUGGUGCCGAUGGAGCACAUUCUUCUACGAGGUAUCACUUGAUGAAAUACACUCGGAUGGACUACCAACAAGAAUAUAUCGAUACCCUAUGGUGCGAGUUUCAAAUCACGGCAAAGCCAGUCAAAUCAGGCCAGGACGAAAAUUCGAGAUUUUCAAUUUCUCAACAUCACCUGCACAUCUGGCCUGGCAAAGAAUUUAUGUUCAUUGCCAUUCCCAGCUUGGACGGAUCUUUCACUUGUACCCUCUUUAUGCCCUCCUCACACUUCAGCGCCCUCGAAUCCAACCCCUCCACCCUCCCCACCUUCUUCAACACUCACUUCCCUGGCGUAACCUCCCUAAUCCCACCCAAAGACCUAAUAACCUCCUUCACAACAAACCCGCACCUCCCCCUACUCAGUAUAAAAUGCACUCCCUACCACUUCCUCUCCUCAGCCGUCAUCCUCGGCGACGCCGCCCACGCCAUGGUCCCCUUCUACGGCCAAGGCAUGAACGCCGGCCUCGAAGACGUACGAUUCCUAUUCUCCAUCCUCGAUAAACACUCCUCCCCCAACAGCGAUCAAGAAACCGACACUAAAGUCCGAGCCACUGCCCUCGCCGAGUACUCCGAAUUCCGGACACGAGACGCACACGCUAUCAACGACCUCGCGCUGCAGAAUUACGUCGAGAUGCGGGCUAGUGUCGUGAGUCCGGUGUAUAAGGGCAGGAAAUGGUUAGAGGAGAAAUUGAGCGUGUGGGUGCCGAGUCUAGGCUGGGCGACGAGGUACAGUCGGGUGAGUUUUGGGAAUGAGAGGUAUAGUGAGGUGGUGGAGAGGAGUGACAGGCAGGGAAGGUUGUUGGUUGGGUGGGUGUUGGGGGUGCUUGGGUUGCCGGUUGUGGUUGGUGCGGUAGGGGUAUGGUGGAGGUUGAGGAGGGGUGGGAGGGGGUGGAGGUGAGGUUAUGGAUGAUUUGGGUGGAUCUGAG